AUGCAUCUUGUUACGUACAUCAGCACCGCCUUGAUGGCCGUCGGCAUGGCCCACGCGGCGCGCCGGCCCAAGUUCAAUGUCAGCGAGCCCAAGGCCACCAACCCACAGGCCCAAGGCGCCUGCAACACCACCCGGGGCGGCGAGCAGGCCUGCGGCCCCAACGGCUCCGAGGCGUGGUUCAACACGGGCCUGGAGACCGACGAGGGUUGGCAGCCGCCGUAUCUCAACGUCUCGUCGGUCGUGACCAUCAGCCUCGACGACUUCUGGAAGGGCGUCGGCAAGCGCUGCUACGACUACAGGCCGAACCUGGUGCUCCCCGGCCGAGAGUACAACAUCAACCCGGUCAUCCUCGCCGCCCUCGCCCUCCAGGAGUCGGACUGCGACUCCCUGCACCGCGGGUACGGGCUGACGCGGUGCGUCAACAGAAACUGCCCCAAGGGCAGCAGCAACAAUGGCAAGUGCCAGUACCCGCUCGAGAUCAACGGCCAGUGCGCCGCGCGCAACCUCCGCCAGUGGCUCGACGGCAGCAACGGCAACAUCCUCGUGGCCCUGGGCAAGUGGGACAGCUGGUUCAUCGCCGGCUCCGGGCUCAACCGCAACAAGGGCUUCACGGCCGAGUAUCCCUGCAGCGACGAGGGAAAGGUCCAGAACGCGCUCAGGCGCGACCAGAGCCCGCCCAACCUCAGCUGGCUCCAUGACACCCUCAACGGCUGGUUCCAGGGCCACAACAUGAGCGGCCCGGCCAAGGACCUGCGCGGGAAAUUCGCCGACAGGGGCAACUGCACCAACUAA